GGGGUUCGAAAGGCUCUCUGGGUGCUCCGGGUCCCGGCAGGCCCCAUUGGUCCCUGCUCCCAUUGGCUGUUUCUGCGAACGUGAUGGCCGUCCGGCCUUGUGAUUGGCUUAGCAUAAGUAGCGUCAUCGGCCGUCAGGAGGUAUGAGGGAAGUCGGUGAGAGAGAGGCCGGGUUGGAGGAGGGGUUCAGGCCUGUCUUCCCCUGCGGCUGCGGCAGCAACAACGCCGGCCGCGGCCGCCUCUGGACCCCGGAGGAGGAGGGGCUGAAGGAGGAGGAGGGCCUGGGGAGCGGGAUGCCCUGCGCCACGCUUGCUGGUGAAUGCUGAGAAGAGUUGCGGUUGCUGCAGUCUCUGCCACCGGGAGGAAGUUGUGGUGUGAGCCAGGGCGGGAGCUCACGGCGCCGGGAAGAGUCGAAGCACGGGGUCUGUGCGAAGAACCGAGACCCUUUCCUACGCUCAUCAUGCCCGGAAGAAACAAGGCGAAGUCCACCUGCAGCUGCCCGGACCUGCAGUCCAAUGGCCAGGAUCAGGGCGAGAGCGGCCGGAUGGCCCGUCUCGGAGCGGAUGAAUCGGAGGAGGAGAGACGGAGCGGGACUCUAAGUAAUGCCGGCGAUCCCGAGAUCGUCAAGUCCCCCAGCGACCCCAAGCAGUACCGAUACAUCAAAUUACAGAAUGGCUUGCAGGCACUUUUGAUUUCAGAUCUAAGUAAUGUGGAUGGUAAAACAGGAAAUACAACAGAUGAGGAGGAGGAAGAGGAGGAGGAGGAGGAAGAGGAGGAGGAGGAUGACGAUGAUGAAGAUUCUGGAGCUGAGAUAGAGGAUGAUGAUGAAGAGGGUUUUGAUGAUGAAGAUGAAUUUGAUGAUGAUGAACAUGAUGAUGAUGAUCUUGAUACUGAGGAUAAUGAAUUGGAAGAAUUGGAAGAGAGGGCAGAAACUAGGAAAAAAAACACUGAAAAACAGCAGUCGCAGAACCUGUUUUUGCUGUGGUCAAAGCUGACUGAUAGACUGUGGUUUAAGUCAACUUAUUCAAAAAUAUCUUCAACCCUGCUGGUCCAGACAAGAAAUCUUUAUGGGGUAGUUGGAGCUGAAAGCAGGUCUGCACCUGUUGAGCAUUUGGCAGGAUGGCAAGAGGAGGAGCAGCAGGGUGAAACUGACACAGUUCUGUCUGCAGCGGCUCUGUGUGUUGGAGUUGGGAGUUUUGCUGAUCCAGAUGACCUGCCUGGGCUGGCACACUUUUUGGAGCACAUGGUAUUCAUGGGUAGCUUGAAAUAUCCAGAUGAGAAUGGAUUUGAUGCUUUCCUGAAGAAACAUGGGGGUAGCGAUAAUGCCUCAACUGAUUGUGAACGUACAGUCUUUCAGUUUGAUGUCCAGAGAAAAUAUUUCAAGGAAGCCCUGGAUAGAUGGGCUCAGUUCUUCAUCCAUCCACUAAUGAUCAGAGAUGCAAUUGAUCGUGAAGUUGAAGCCGUCGACAGUGAAUACCAACUUGCAAGACCUUCUGAUGCAAAUAGAAAGGAAAUGUUGUUUGGAAGCCUUGCUAGACCUGGACAUCCUAUGGGAAAAUUUUUUUGGGGCAACGCUGAGACUCUCAAGCAUGAACCAAAGAAGAAUAAUAUUGAUACACAUGCCAGAUUGAGAGAAUUCUGGAUGCGCUACUACUCGGCUCAUUACAUGACUUUAGUUGUCCAGUCCAAAGAAACACUGGAUACUUUGGAAAAGUGGGUGACUGAAAUCUUCUCUCAGAUACCAAAUAAUGGGUUACCUAAACCAAACUUUGGCCACUUAACGGAUCCUUUUGACACACCAGCAUUUAACAAACUUUAUAGAGUUGUGCCAAUCAGAAAAAUUCAUGCUCUGACCAUCACAUGGGCACUUCCUCCUCAACAGCAACAUUACAGGGUGAAGCCACUUCAUUAUAUUUCCUGGCUGGUUGGACACGAAGGAAAAGGCAGCAUUCUUUCUUACCUCAGGACAAAGUGCUGGGCUCUUGCAUUGUUUGGUGGAAAUGGUGAGACAGGUUUUGAGCAAAAUUCUACUUACUCUGUGUUCAGCAUUUCUAUUACGUUGACUGAUGAAGGCUAUGAGCAUUUCUAUGAGGUUGCUCACACCGUCUUUCAGUAUUUAAAAAUGCUGCAGAAGCUAGGCCCAGAGAAAAGAGUUUUUGAAGAGAUUCAGAAAAUUGAAGAUAAUGAAUUUCAUUACCAAGAACAGACAGAUCCAGUUGAGUAUGUGGAGAACAUGUGUGAAAACAUGCAGCUGUACCCAUUACAGGACUUCCUCACUGGAGACCAGCUUCUGUUUGAGUACAAACCAGAGGUCAUUGCUGAAGCCCUUCAUCAGCUAGUUCCUCAAAAAGCAAAUCUUGUUCUCCUGUCUGGUGCUAAUGAGGGAAAAUGUGACCUUAAGGAGAAGUGGUUUGGGACUCAGUAUAGCAUAGAAGAUGUUGAAAACUCUUGGGCUGAACUGUGGAAGAGUGAUUUUAAAUUAAAUCCAGAUCUUCAUCUUCCAGCUGAAAACAAGUACAUAGCCACGGACUUUGUAUUGAAGGCUUUUGAUUGCCCUGAAACUGAAUACCCUGUUAAAAUUGUGAAUACUCCACAAGGUUGCCUGUGGUAUAAGAAAGACAACAAAUUCAAAAUCCCCAAAGCCUAUAUACGUUUCCAUCUGAUCUCACCUCUGAUUCAGAAGUCUGCAGCAAAUGUGGUCCUCUUUGAUAUCUUCGUCAAUAUUCUGACCCAUAACCUUGCAGAACCAGCUUAUGAAGCUGAUGUGGCACAGCUGGAGUAUAAGCUGGUAGCUGGAGAACAUGGUUUGAUCAUUCGGGUGAAAGGAUUCAACCACAAACUACCUCUACUAUUUCAGCUCAUUAUUGACUACCUGGCUGAGUUCAGUUCCACACCAGCUGUCUUUACAAUGAUAACUGAGCAGUUGAAGAAGACCUACUUUAACAUCCUCAUCAAGCCUGAGACUCUGGCCAAAGAUGUGCGGCUACUAAUCCUGGAAUAUGCCCGGUGGUCAAUGAUCGACAAGUAUCGGGCUUUGAUGGAUGGCCUUUCCCUUGAUUCUCUGCUGAGCUUUGUCAAAGAGUUUAAAUCCAAACUCUUUGUUGAGGGCCUGGUACAAGGGAAUGUCACAAGCAUGGAAUCUAUGGAUUUCCUGAAAUAUGUUGUUGACAAGCUGAACUUCGUGCCCCUGGAGCAGGAGAUGCCUGUGCAGUUUCAGGUGGUAGAGCUGCCCAGUGGCCACCACCUAUGCAAAGUCAGAGCGCUGAAUAAAGGUGAUGCCAACUCCGAAGUAACUGUGUACUACCAGUCAGGUACCAGGAGUCUAAGAGAAUACACUCUUAUGGAGCUACUUGUGAUGCACAUGGAAGAGCCUUGUUUUGACUUCCUUCGAACCAAGCAGACCCUUGGGUACCACGUCUACCCAACUUGUAGGAACACAUCUGGGAUUCUAGGAUUCUCUGUCACCGUUGGGACUCAGGCUACCAAAUACAACUCUGAAACUGUUGAUAAGAAGAUAGAAGAAUUCCUUUCCAGCUUUGAGGAAAAGAUUGAGAACCUCACUGAAGAUGCAUUCAACACUCAGGUCACAGCUCUGAUCAAGUUGAAAGAGUGUGAGGAUACUCACCUCGGGGAGGAGGUGGACAGGAACUGGAAUGAAGUGGUGACACAGCAGUAUCUGUUUGACCGCCUUGCCCAUGAGAUUGAAGCAUUGAAGUCCUUCUCAAAAUCAGACUUGGUCAAUUGGUUCACGGCUCACAGAGGACCUGGAAGUAAAAUGCUCAGCGUUCAUGUUGUUGGAUAUGGGAAGUAUGAGCUGGAGGAAGAGGCCACCCCUUCUGGUGAGGAUCCAAAUUCUCAUGAAGGGAUGCAGCUAACCUACUUGCCACCCUCUCCUCUCCUGGCAGGUUCUACCAUCCCCAUUACUGACAUCAGGGCCUUCACAUCAACACUCAGCCUCUUCCCCUACCAUAAAAUAGUCAAAUAAACUGCACUCUCAUUGGCCCGAAGCAGUGUGUAUUUAAUGGGACUACACUACUGUUGCCUUAGGGCUUCUGUUGAAGUUUUGCACUGGUGACUUGGGAUUUGAUUUGCUUUCUCUCCUCUAUUAAGACUAACCCAGGGUUAUUUACUGUAUUAGCUGGCAAAGAGAAAUCAGCCGGGUGGGCAAUUGUGAGCCAAACGCUUACAUCAAGAGUUUGGGUGGGGAAGGCCUAGCCUGUGUUCUCUGAGGAGGAGAAUCCAGUUCCUAAGAGCCUAUAUGUAACUAACUAAUUUGUUACUAGUACCAAAAUGCUAGGUACCUGUUUUUUUAAUGUAUUUUGAAUAAAGAUAGUUCUCUUAUUUCCUUUCA